GCCUGCAUGAAAUGAAUUAACGAAACAUAAACUUCGCGGUCCAGUGGUCUAGAAAUAGAAGGCGUGUUUACUUUUGUGUUCAUAUUCCAUCGAAAGAGGCUUAUCGGGCUUGUAAAUUGUUGUUCGUUUUCACAAAAACUGAGCCACAAGAUCUGGAAAUAAAAUGGCAUGAAGAAGAUACAUUUUUGGAAAUACAUGUUCUGAACCAAAAUGGCACAGCAAACAGAGGAACAAUAUGAGGAAGAGCUUAGAAAGGCUUUGGCCAUAAGUGUAGAAACAGCUAAAAGCGAAGCCCUAACCAGGCAGGGUGCAAAAGGACAAUCAUUUCACCAGCCAGCCACAAAUCAACCCUCUAUAAAAGAGUCUCGGGUUCCAACAGGAUACAGCCAACAACCUGAUUUAAUUAAAUUUGACUUUCAACACGUGCUUGGAAACACAAGGAGGGAUGGUACUAAACCAUUGCCAUUUCCAAAGGAUAUAAGUGACAAUUUUGAGCCGAUUUUGUCUUCCAGUCUGCCAUCUUCACGGAAAUCAAACUUGGAAUAUUUGGAAGAUGCAUUUCAAGCUUUCAAUUUUCAAUCCAUUAGCCAAAGUGAUAAUGGAUCAAUUGGUGCUUCUUCCACUCCUACGAUUAUUACCCCUAUUAGUGUAACUAGUUCUAGUGUGCCAUCUGUAAGUGCAAUAAAAUCAGAGAAAACAUCACAAACCACAAUUAACAAUUUUGAAGAUUCUUUUUGUGGGAGGAGUAACUGGAUUAAUUUUACAGACGAUCCAUUUCAGAAGAGUCGAUCACUGCCUGUAAGUCCUGACACCCAGAGAAGAACAUCCAAUGAUCCAGGUGUUCAUCGGAAUGCCACAUUUCAAGUAGAGCCUCAGCCUAUAUUGAAUCCAGUAAAGACUCCAGCUGCAACCUUCACAAGCUAUCUCUCUGCCAGCCCUGAUGGCAGUGACUCUAAGCGGAAGCUUGCAGCUACUUUACCACAGGUCGGGCUAGGAUCUCAAUCUUUUGUUAGCUACCUCCAAGGUAGUCAGUAUCCAACAUUACAAACCCCUGGAAGAGGUUUCUCUGACAUGCACCAGGCUUUGCGACCAUCAAAACAGUCAUCUAGGAACCCCUUCACAGCUCAAGUAGUCAAUCCCAGUGUUCGAAGGAUCAGCAGUCAGCCAGAUUUCCAAGCCUUUAGAAAUACAAAUUCCAAUGGCCAACUUCCACCUUUACCACCAAAAGAUAAUACUCUUUCCCGGCACAAUAACAAUCUCAUUGCCCCUUUACAGACUCAAAAACCUCAGCCUCAGAACAGUCACUUUUUAAGCAGUAAUGGACCGGAUUUGAUACAAUUUAAUCCUAACCUUUCAUUGGUAGCGGAGGAUUUGUCAAUCAGUGACUUCGAUCCUCUCAUUGCGAAAAAGCCCCAACCAAAGAAAGUUGAAAUAAUUGAACCUGUCGAAACAGACAGUCCAUUACCUGUUGUCUCCAACGGUGCUACUGUGCGCCAAGAUAAACCAUCUUUGCCACCAAGAUCAAGCAGCGUCCGUGCUAAAUCAUUCCAUGCCGCUGAUUCAGAAGCACCUGCACUACCUGAGAGACCCAAGACCAUGCACAAGGAAUCAUCAGUGCUUACAGAUUUUCAAGUUCCAAUGUGGCAACCUCGUUCUUCCGUCACAUUUGAGUCUUCACAGAAAACACAGGCAGAAAAUGUGUUUUUUGGUGAUGGACUAUUUGAUAUCAUGGAAGAGAGAGACGAAGAAGGAACAAGUUUCUGUGAAGGCAUGAUGCACUUGAGAAGAAAUUACAAUUUUGAUGACUGGGAAAGUAACCCAGGGUUCGUGUAUAGCCCCGUUUUCAAAAGACGAGCUGUCGGAGGUCCUGAGGCCAGCAUUAAGCUGCACAUGGCUACAUCAAUGAGCCAACCAAUUACAUUUACAUGUGACGUUAAUACAUCCGUUGAACAUGUAAUCAGCCAAGGGUUAUGCUACCUACCAGAGCCUCUAUCUAGCCUACCAUCAGAACAGUUUAUGCUUAAGGUACAAGGUGCUGCAGAGUUCCUCCAUCAUGAUGCCAUGCUUGGAGACUUUGAGUACGUGCAGAAGUGUAGAAAGUUUGAUAGGGAUAUUUACCUUCAACUUCUGAAAGAAGAUGACGUGACAAGGGAUCUCGCAAGAACGGUUGAAGAUGACAAACAAGAUGUUAAUGUAAAGCGCUUCUCAAAUCUAUUUGAAAGACCCGUCACAACAGCAGUGACAAAGCUUGGUUUAUCUGUGUUGAUGGAUGCGUUCUCAAUGGAAGUUAACAAGCUCAGGAAGGCAAUUAAGACCAGUGGUAAGCAGCAUACAAGUCCAGUCAUCCAGGCCGCAAACGCCAUCUGCCACACAUUAGCGUACGUUGAAACCAGCGAGAUCAGUAAUGCUGUUAGCUUACUGAAGACUGGUACGGGAAUCGAAAGCGGCCUAGAGAACUUAACAGUAGCAAUCUUUAAGCUGAUCGACAUGUACUGUAAGGCGUUUGACACUACAUUCACCGCAUGGACGGAAGAACCUUGUAAAAGGAUGGAGAGCAUUGAGACGAUUCAAAGGCAACUGCAGUUUAGGAUCUCCGCUGCUCAUAGGGUACCAGCUGAAUGGAAAAGCUAUGACCAUCUCACUGUUUCUUGUCAAAUAUUUUAUGGCGGAAGGCCUCUUUGCACUCCGGUUGAAACAUGGCCAUCAAAAGUGACCACUCGUUUUUUCAGUAAAAUCAAAUGGGACCGAGACAUUGAUAUUCCUUUAUCCAUCUGCAAUUUACCAAGGGAGUCUAGACUGUGCUUGACUUUAUAUGGUAGUCAUUCAGACAAGACCGAUAAGACAACGCUAGGCUGGGUUGCUGUACCACUCUUCAACUACAAAAGAAUUAAAGUGAACCCACACACUGAAAAAAGGGUGUGGUCCAGCGUCCUACUGAGUGGAAACAAUUUGCUAGGCUUGUGGCCAGACUCCAACAGUAAUCCAAUUGGAACAUGCGCCUCGAAUAUCAUGGACCCAAGUAGUGUUAUUUUACAUAUUGAAUUGCCAUCAAGUACUAACAACGUAAUCUUUCCACCUGUCAAGACAACAGUUAAUACCAACCUCCAAGGACUGAGUGCUCUGACAGUUGAGGAAGAAGAACGCAUCAGUGCUAUCCUCCAGAAGGAUGUCCUCUCCAGGCUUGAAGAUGGAGAUGCCCACUUUCUUUGGUCCAAGCGUCGCUACUGCUAUGAAAUCCCCACAGCCCUGCCUAGGAUAUUGAAAGUGGCUAGCAGUUGGGCUUGGGCUAACUUGUCAGAUAUCUACUCCAUGAUAGCCAGCUGGAAGCCAAUGCCACCAGUAGAAGCAUUGCAUCUACUGAACCCACAUUUCGCUGAUCAGGAGGUUCGUACAUUAGCAGUCAGCUGGAUUAAGGCAAUGACAGAUGAUGACCUUUGCGAUUACUUACCACAAUUAGUUCAGGCAUUGAAAUACGAGAGUUACCAUGACUCUGCAUUAGCCAACUUUUUAAUUGAACGCUCCAUGACAAAUGUCCGCAUUGCGCACUAUCUUUAUUGGUAUUUACAUGACGGUUUAGCAGAUAAUCAGUAUAGAGUGCGAUUUCAAAUGGUCCUUGGUGCAUUGCUAUGCAUGUGUGGUAAAGCAUUACGGGAACAGUUCCACUACCAAGACGCCCUCAUCAAGAGCUUGACAUUGAUAGCAGAUGGAGUCAAAUCAGCCAAGGAUUCAAUGAGAAUGAAUAUACUGCAGUCUUCACUAACAGAUCUUUCCAUGAAUAUUGCAGAGGAGCUUCGUUUGCCAACAUCACCAAGUUUAGACGUAAAUGGCAUAAACAUUAAGGCUUGCUCCUAUUACCCAUCAUUCACUGUACCUCUUAAGUUGUCUUUCUACAAUAUGGAUGCCUUAGGAAGUGAUAUUAUCACUAUUUUUAAGGCUGGUGAAGAUAUGCGUCAGGAUAUGUUAAUAAUGCAGAUGAUACGUAUCAUGGAUAAACUGUGGUUAUCAGAAGGACUUGAUAUGAGAAUGAUCACGUUUACCUGCUUAGCUACUGGAAAAAAUCAAGGUAUGAUCGAAGUUGUUCAGGAUGCAGAGACGCUACGGAAAAUCCAGGUGGAGCAGGGUGUGACAGGUUCCUUCAAGGACAAACCUCUAACAGAAUGGCUGCAGAAACACAAUCCAACUGAGCUGGAAUUUACGAAAGCUGUAGAAAAUUUCACUUUUUCCUGUGCUGGCUACUGUGUGGCUACGUAUGUCCUAGGGGUUGGUGAUCGGCACAACGACAACAUUAUGGUUACUAAGACAGGUCACAUGUUCCAUAUCGAUUUUGGCAAGUUUCUUGGCAAUGCACAGAUGUUUGGAAACAUCAAAAGGGACCGCGUGCCUUUUGUGCUGUCAUCCGACAUGGCAUAUGUGAUCAAUGGGGGCGACAAACAAAGCAGUAAAUUUCAGGACUUUGUAGAUGUUUGUUGUGCUGCGUUCAAUCUAGUCCGCAAACAUGCCAAUCUGUUCUUCAACCUCUUUGGAUUGAUGUUGAAUUCUGGGAUAGCUCAGUUGUGUAGGGUGCAGGAUCUGGAGUAUGUGCAGAAUGCGCUAAAGCCAGAAGCCAGUGAUGCAGAAGCUACUGGCAUGUUUACAAGACUGAUAGAGGCGAGUCUAGGAUCAAAAUCAACGCAGCUCAAUUUCUUCGUACAUAAUCUUGCACAGCUUCGGUUCUCAGGUGUUAACCCUGAUGAGUUGUCAUUCGCGCCUAAGAAGUACACCUUAGCAACCGAUGGUCGUAUCAUCAGCGCAUCUGUCUUUGGUAUUCAGAAACGAUAUGACUCUGAGAAGUACUACGUGUACAUAAUACGAGUGCAACGAGAAGGAUCAACCAUUCCAACUUUCAUCUUCAGACGUUUCAGUGAAUUCCAUGAGUUAGAGGAGAAACUUGCGAUGCUAAGCCUGGAGGUCAAGUUACCUCCUUUGUCAUCGCGUGUUUUGUUUGGACGAACACACGUGAAGCAGGUGGCAGAGAGGAGGAAGAAUGAAAUAGAACUGUUCCUGACACACUUAUUUUCAGCCCCACCUGUAAUAUCAGAGUCGGAUUUGGUGUACACAUUUUUCCAUCCCUUAAUUAGAGAUGAGAAAGAUGCAAACAAAACUUCAACAUCAAAGCUGAAAGGUGAUGCGGAAAAUGAUAGAAAAUUUGUGCCUGGCCAGGUUGGAGGUCAAGUCAAGCUGUCCGUCCACUAUAAGAACAACGCCCUCUUUGUUAUGAUCAUGCAUGCUAAAGAUCUUCUGUCACCUGAUGGUACUGAACCCGACCCUUACGUGAAAACAUACCUCCUGCCAGAUGACCAGAAGCUCACAAAACGAAAGACUAAAAUUGUAAAGAAAUCGUUCAACCCUACAUUCAACGAAAUGCUGGUAUUGAACAUGCCAUGGAACGAUGUGUUACAAAGGACCCUACAAUUGACAGUUUGGAACAGCGACUACCUCAAAGAAAACACGUUCAUGGGAGGUGUCAACAUUCCGCUUGAAUCACUGGACUUGUCACAGGAGAUUGUCAAAUGGUAUAGUCUUAGUAACGUGUAAAGAAGAUGAGGAAACCUUGCCUGGCUUUGACUUCCCAAUGGUAGCUUAGAAGAUGAAGGAUAUGAGCUUGCCUGUCUGCUCAAAUAGAGUAGAGAUAGACAUAAAUUAAGAAGCUGUUCCCUCUUAUUAAUGUAAGAAGGCACUGCAUUUAGAAACUGAAAAAAAAUAACCAGUGACAUGAUGAAGAAUACAUAUGCGAACACUGUCUUGUGAAAAAAUAAAUAAUUGUCUUCAUAUAAACUCUAGAGGGCAGUAUGCUAGACACUAGCUAUCCAGUAUUUACAGCCAGACUCUGAAGGUGCCAAAUGUUUAUCAUGGCAAUGAGUAAAAUGCGAAUUGAAAGAAUGUUUUUAAAAGGAGGGAAGGUAAGGUAAGGGGUAAAAAAAAAAUUCUAAAGUUGAAUCACAGUUUGAUAUUUUUGUUGAAGUUCAUUUGUUGAGGACAAUUAUCACAAUCUUGGACCAUAUUAUUUAAAGAAUUAUAUAGUUAUACGUGAACAAAAUAAUAAUAAUUUAAAUAUGAUGAGGAAAAUGUAUAAACAUAGAAUGUCUACCUUGAACCAUAUUUUAACUAAUGGAUUUAAUUUAAUGGACCGUUCCGCUAAGCCCCGCCCCUUGGAUAUUGUUGCUAAGGUCCCACAAAUUGUGAUGCAUUCAUUCCUGGCCCUGUUCUGAUUGGUCCUUUGCUUACUUUGAUUGACAUUUGAGAAAGUUCCAUUUAAUGAAUACAUUUAAUUCAAUCCACAUUUCUUCCAAUGUGUUACUCUGUGUUAAUUUUAAACAACCAAACUGAAUUUAAUUUUUAAGCUUUAUCGGUUAUUCCAAUAAAUUUUCACAGUUAUUUUAAUUGCAAUUAAUUUCCCGUAAAGAUUUUUAUUAUUGUAGAUAUAUUAUAUUUUUAUAUUUCACUUUUAUGCCAUUUCAUUUCUAGUUUGCAAUAUCUAUUAUUUUACUCAUUUAUUGGCUUGUAGAUUCGUUUUGAUGCGUCAAUAAUUUACGUAAACACUUUUAUUAGCACUCAACUUUUCAUUACAAGCAUAGGAAUAGUAAUGUAAUUUGUGUAUGAAAGAAAUAUGUUGAUUGUAAAUCAAAUUUGCUGUGUUAUUUUGCAUAUUAUAAUUAUAGAAAUCAAAUUUUGUAAUGUUUUAAUAGGACCUUAUAGGAUCAUAUUCUUGUGUAAAGGGAAAUAAAUUUAUGUUAUGUUAUUUAUGUCCAAAUUAUCAAAAUUUAUGUGACAAAUUUGCAUGAUGUGCCCAUAUAUGGACAUAAUGAUGUCAAUUUGCAUGAUGUGCCCAUAUAUGGACAUAA